UAUUUUACUUACUCACGAAGACUGACUUUUCAUUUUCCAUUUUCCAUUCAGAGCUUCAGUUUGGUAGUAAAUGGCUUCUUCAUGGUUUCUCAAACUAACUUUCAAAUGCCUUUAUCAUUUUGCAUGGCCUCUUGUUGCUCUGGUGUAUCCUAUGUGUGCUUCCGUACAAGCAAUUGAAACUGACUCCUAUGCAGAAACUAAGGAUUUGAUCUCAUAUUGGAUACUUCUCUCCUUAAUUUACCUCUUUGAAUAUGCUUUUAUGAACCUUCUUCUAUGGUUUCAGCUCUGGCCCUACACUAAGCUAAUGAUCAUCUUCUGGCUCAUCAUACCAGACUUUGGACGAGCUUCUUAUGUUUAUAAUAAACUCAGUCGCUUUCUGAAACCGCACAUAGUCACAUGGGGGUUAAAUAACUCCUGGAAGAAGUGGUUUUUUGAGAAAGAUAACUUUUUAAUGCAUGCAGAGAUAUAUAUGAAAGAGAAUGGAACUGAAGCCUUAGAGAAACUCAUUGCUAGCAAGAACACAAUGUGUAGGCCUGAUGCAGAAGCGACAAAUGAAAUUUCAGCUACCGAUGAUAAAGAAAUGUUAAAGACAAAUGGAGAAAGGCUCCAAACAGAGCAAAAAGAUAUCCAAGGUUUGGAAGCUAUUGAGAAAAAAGAAAUUCCUGCAACCAAGCAAGAUAUUCCUGUCAUGCUAAAAAUUAGGCCAAGUCAAAAUGCAUCAUCAGUCACAGUGGAAACCAAAGGAACAGCAGAGAGUGAAAGGGCUGGUGGAGAAGUUCCUCGGAGUUCUACACAGAAGGAAGUGCAGAGAGAGUGGACUUGUGCUAUAUGUUUGGUAACAACAUCGCGUGAGAAAGACUUGAUUUCCCACCUUAAUGGAAGGAAACACAGGGAUACUAGUGAAGCUUUAAUAUCAAAGAAGCAACCUACCCGGCAGAAGCAAAAGGGUGCAGAAGCGACAACAAAUAAAACCAUAGCUACUGAUAAUAAAAAAAUACCCAAGAAAAAUGGAGAAAGAUUCCAAACAGAGAAAAAGAACAUCAAGUAUUUGGAGGCUAUUGAUAAAAAAGAAAUUUCUGUAACCAAGCAAGAUAAUCCUGUCAUGCCUAAAAUUGCGUCAAGUCAAAAUGCAUCAUCAGCCACAGUAGAAACUAAAGGAACAGCAAAGAGUGACAAAGCUGGUGAAGAGUAUCUCAAGAGUUCUACGCAGAAGGAACUGCAGGAAGAGUGGCCUUGCGCUUUGUGCUCGGUAACAACAUCGAGCAAGAUAACCUUGAAUUCCCAUCUUAAUGGGAGGAAACACAGGGCUAGUUGUGAAGCUGCUUUGAAAGCAAAGAAGCAAGCUGCUCUGCAGAAGCUGAACAUCUAUCAGUCCAAAGAGGAGGUGAAACAGAAGGAUGUUAGCAAUAAGUUCAAUUCCAAUGUUAAGAGUGGAGAUAAUAUUCUUAAGAAAGGAUUAAAGGGAACAGUAGUGAUGGAUGAUAAGGUGCAAAAGAACCAGGCUGAGCCUGUUAGGACGCAUAAUUCAAAAUCAAUAUGUAGAGUCUGUGAUGUUGUCCUUCUUAGUGAGGCCAAUGUGGUCUCUCACAUGAAUGGGAAGAAGCAUUUGGCUAAAUUUAAGGACAUUGGCAUUGCUUGAAGUUAAAUUGAAAGGGAGUCGGGGUAGCAAGCCUACUUGACUCAUGUUGAUAUACCAGGUGUACAUUACAUUGCUGCAGAUAACUCUUAAAUGGAAAUGCUUAAUACUAACAGUUUUGAAAGCAUUUGCAUGAAACCCUUUUUUUAUUGAAAUUUAAUACUAAUAGUUUGGUCAUCCGGUCCGUGGUCGUUGCUCUUUUCUGUAGCUUCUGUACAAUUAUUUGUUAUAGAUGAAAAAUUAAGAGAUUA